AUGAAAGGAUUCGGUAGCCGGAAUACUGCUUCCAUGAAAUCGCCGGAAGGUCCUGGAACUAGUCAGUUCCGGGCCGGAUUCUUCGGCCUGGGUCUUGAAGCAAAAGAAGAUGAGAUUUGGCUCAUUCAUGUGAAUAUGGCGCAGAUUGUGGAUACACACAUCAUUCGGAACUCGAGUUGUGCCAUUAUUGAAGGCAUAUCCGAUCAUACAAAGUUCAGCAAAAUGUUACAUGCUCUAUCACCAAAAAUGUCAGUAAUUUUACAACGAGCAACUCUUAGUCAAGAUGACCAAAUUCGUGGUCGUACAACAUUUUGUCACCUAAUAUUCCUUUAUCCAUACUUGAACAUCUUUUACAUCGGCAUAUGA